GGCGUCCGGCCGACUCACGAGUCACAGUACAUUUACGACACUUUGACACAGUAGUGUAGUGAAAUGGAUGUUUCCAAAGAAAAUGUAUCGACGGGUAUUAAAAAGAAGGUUAAUAAAGACAAUUGGGGCUAUGCCGUUGUUUUCGGAACUGUGAUUACUUUUAUUGCUGGUAUAGGACAUGUCAACUCCUUCGGGUUGAUCUACAAUGAUUUCAUAAACGAAACAAAAUCUACAGCAAAAUCCUUAACUUCGGCACAUGGAGUAUUUGCUAUUAUGUUGGCCGUAGGAGGUAUUAUACUAAACAGUAUAACAAAAAGAUUCUCAUUAAGAUUUGGAGGUUUGGUUGGAGCAGUUCUCCUAUCCACAGGAUCGUUCAGUACAAUUCUUGUAUCAAACACCAACCAACUUCCAAUCACUUUUGGAGUAAUCCAAGGCAUAGGAUUCGGGAUGAUGGUGCCAGUUUGCUACUCAACCUUAAACCAUUACUUCGUGAAAAAAAGAACUACAGUCAUGAGCAUUUGUAAAGCGGUACAAGGAGUAAUACUGAUGUGGUAUCCUCAACUACUGAAGGAAAUAAUGUCUUUCUACGGAUUUAGGGGAACACUGCUAAUUGUAGCCGGAAUGUCCCUACACACAUUCCCAGGAAUGCUCGCAAUGAGAACUGACAAAGUACCAAGAAAAAUCAGAACAGCAAGUGAUUCAGAAAAUGGUAAAUGUCCAGAAAAUUUGGAUUUGCUGAUUUCCAAAGAGAAUAAUGAUUCUGUCAAGACUGAUAAAUCUCAGUCUAAAAAUGGUCCUAAGAAUAUAAAGGAGAAAAUUCUGGAAAUUUUAAACGUCAAGAUUUUAAAGGAUGCCGUAUAUUGUAACAUUUGUUUUGGGCAAAGUUUUGUCAAUUUCUCAGACAUAACUUUCUUUGUCUUACAGCCGAUGCUAAUGUUUCAAUAUGGUUUCGAUAAGACGCAAGUGGCAAUGUGCAUAUCAAUUUGUGCCGCAGCUGAUGUCGGAGGCCGAUUUCUUUUGGCCCUUGUUAGCAGCUUAGUACAUAUAAACACGAGACUAUUAUUUUACUUGGCAACGCUGUUUACGCUUAUUUUUAGAUUAGUACUGUUACAACUGACCCAGUUCGUGUGGAUGGCGACGGUGACCGCUGUGUUAGGUCUACUCCGGGCGUGGUUGCACGUCGCCAGCCCGCUUCUGAUCUCCAACCAUGUUCCUCACGAGGACUUCCCUGGAGCCUACGCCCUGUCCAUGCUGGCAGCUGGCACAGUUAACGUUACAUGUUCCCCACUUAUUGGUUUACUCAAAGAUAUUUACCAGGACUACGUGCCGGCAUUUUACGCAUUAGCUCUAUGCUGCAUACCCUGUCUAUUAUUUUGGCCCAUUGAGUAUGUCAUUAGAACGAGGUUACAAAGAAAAAUAUAGCACAACAAAGCUUUAUUAUAAAUGCUGUUGAAACAGCCAUUGUGUAUUCUAAUACGUAGUUACUUGUACAUAUUAUAUAUUUAUAUACUCUUAGAUAAAUAAAUGCAUAAGGAAUA